CCUCGCCCUGCUCUCCUCCGGGUCGGUCUGUAGUCGCGGUGGAAAUGGGCUGAAGCAACACUCGGCUCAUCCACGCCAGACCCUAACGCCACAUACAACUCCAGAAGAGCCCGACUAUUUGGCUGUCCCCUGGUGAUGCCCCCCGGUCCCCUAGCGGCUGUCCCCUGGUGAUGCCCCCCGGUCCCCUAGUGGCUGUCCCCUGGUGAUGCCCCCUGGUCCCCUAGUGGCUGUCCCCUGGUGAUGCCCCCCGGUGCGAGGGAGCUGGGAAGGCCGGCGCCAUGCCGUACGUGGAUCGGUCCAACCGCAUCUGUGGGUUCCUGGACGUCGAGGAGAACGAGGGCAGCGGCCGCUUCUUGCGGCGAUACUUCAUCCUGGACACACAGCAGGGCAGCCUGCUCUGGUACAUGGACAACCCGCAGAAUCUGCCCAUAGGAGCAGAGAAUGUGGGCUCGCUGAAACUCACCUAUAUCUCCAAGGUCAGCGAUGCCACAAAGUUGCGUCCGAAGGCGGAGUUCUGCUUCGUUAUUAAUGCAGGAAUGAGGAAAAUCUACCUGCAGGCCAAUGACCAGCAGGAUCUGGUGGAGUGGAUCAGUGUGCUGAACAAAGCAACCAAGAUCACUGUACCAAAGUCAGGCGAGAGCCACGCCCCCCAGCCCCAGAUCCAGAGCCACGGAGAAACCCCCCAGGACCUGCUGGGUGCCAUGAAGCAGGUGUCGUACAAGACGGAGAUCAUAGGAGGGGUCCCAAUCAUCACCGCCACACAGGAACAAGGGGAGGGGCAUAAUGGGGCGGAGCGAGGAGGGAGGAGGCGGGGCCAGAACCAGCUUCCCUUCUUUUUGUCCAGAGGGGCUCAGGACCAGGCCCUCAUCAAGGCGGGCUUCUGUGUAAAACAGGGAGCAGUGAUGAAGAACUGGAAGAGAAGGUACUUCAUGCUGGACGAGAAUGCCGUCAGCUACUUCAAAUCUGACCUGGACAGGGAGCCGUUGAAGGUGAUACCCCUGAAGGAGGUGCACAAAGUGCAGGAGUGCAAACAGAGUGAUUUGAUGAUGAGGGACAACCUGUUUGAGGUGGUUACCCAAUCACGGACCUUCUACGUACAGUCGGACAGUCCAGAGGACAUGCACAGCUGGAUCAAGGCUAUUUCAGGGGCUAUUGUGGCUCAGAGGGGCCCCGGGCGCUCGGCCGCUACAGACCCCGGACCGGCCCAACCCCCUGAUGCGGAGCCACACCUCCCACAGUGCGCCGCCACCCCAGCGGACGCUGAGCCUGACGCUGGACACAUCCCCCACGGCGCCGGGCCACUUCCUGGGCCUGUUGCCGUGGCGGCUGAGCGGCGUGGGGGUGGGUGCGGCCACGGCGAUGGCCCUGAUGCGGGCCCCGGCGCACUCCCGCCUCUCGCUGCAGGAGACGCGGCGGCGCUCGGGCAAGUGAGCGAGGAGCGGGAGGGGUCGCCGUGGAAACGCCGCAGCAAGGAGCCCGAGUCCACGGCGGGCGCUGGCGAGCGGCUGAAGAACUACAACGCCGAGGAGUCCGACGUUAAGACGAGCCUGGUCUGACGUCGCCCUGACAACCACCACGGGGCCACACACACACACACACACACACACACACACACACACACACACACACACACACACACACACACACACUGUGGGGCACCAUCAGAUAAGUUGUGAUUCUUCGACACACACGUUUAUGCCCAAAAGCCAAAUGAAUCCUCCCCUCCUCCUCUGUCGUUGCUCUUAUUUAUGACGUGUGCUGCUGCACCCGUCAGCGCUUCAUCCGCGAAAAAGAAACAAGAAAAAUGUAUACUAAGAAAAGCAGAGGACUACAAAGCAUAUUUCUAUAGCCCAAACGCGGUGGUGCUGCCCUAACUGUGGUGACAAUGGACGUGUCAGAGUAUGAGUCAGUGACCUGGAGGUUGUCUCGGUCUGAUCCAUCCUGAGGAGGGCAGCAGUCUGAAGCAGCAGAUUAGAGGUCGUCUCAGCCUGAUCCACCCAGAGGAGGGCAGAAGCCUGGAGGUCUGAUCCACUCUGAGGUGGGCAGCAGUCUUCACAUCCUGUCGCUGUCUUUUCUAACGUUUCAGCCGAAAUUUCAGAAUGUAGGGCAUAUUUUUAUCGACAAUACACCUACCGUUGAGACGGUAAAAAAUAAAGAAAAGAUGGUUGUCUAGCAACAGCUAGGACAUAGCUUCUAGCAAUAAAGAAAACUGUACAGAUCUUCUUGAAUUGAGUGUAGCCAGUGUCACCUAUGUAGACGUUAAGGUAGGGAGGUUGGUUGAUUGCGCUAACGCCUCCAUUAUAGUGAGGUAGAUCCCUGUAGCCUGUAGACGCUAGGUCUGUUGGUUUAUACCACUCAGAGUCAGCGAGUAGUCCCUUGGUUAUGGUGGGGUGUGUUUUUAAUCUGUUGUACUUGUAUUCCGGAUUUGUGUUGUUUUUACUCACAAUGUGAAAAAACAAAAGAACAUUUAGGAAAGAAUGUGAGUAUAUUUGUAAGUUACUGCCCUUUAUAGAAACGUGCAUGAGUAUGCACGGUAAAUUCACUCUAUUAUUUCUUUCUCGCUCUCCUGUCUUUUGACGUCGUUCUGUUCUCCCGUUAGCUCUCCGUUUAACACAAGCUGCGUAAAAAGUGCCUGUACUGUUAUUUACAAUUGGACAUUGGGAUCAUAAAAUAAAUUUAACAUUUUUAGCCGUUCCAUAUGUGUGCUCAAUGUUCUUAGAAAAAAAUUCAAUCUUUUAUUUAUGUUUCAGGCUUGAAAAUAAAUAUAAAUAAAAAUGACUUUUUACAAUUUUGCCUAUCCUGUUCUAUUCAAGCAUAUCGGUAUUAGAGAAUUAACAGGAAAUGUAAUAAUUAUUCUUUCUGUGAUUCCAAAGCUCAGUUAAUAAGACACUUUGAUGAUUACGUUUAGAAUAGCAAAGGGUAAUGACUUAACUUCUGCUUGGACUAGUGACUUAAGGAGCUUGUAAAACUCUGGAGUGAAUGAGAAUGAUACAUCUGAAAAAACAUUACAAAAGCCCAGGAAGUAAAUGGUUUACGAUAACAUUCGGACAGAAGAACAAUUAAGUAUUUCUUGCUGGAAUUGGACAAGUGGACCGUGGCGAGAGCGUGAGAGAUGGCCCCCUCUGGUGGUGUAACUGCGCAGUAACAUUGCUUUUGAGCGACACUCAUAGACUAUCCUAGUUUGAGAAAGUGUCUGCUUUAUGUUUCUCACGCUAAAUGUAAAAUGCAAUAUGAAAUACAAAAAAUCCACAACUCACGUUGGCAAUCCUAUCAGAAAAAUAAACAAUUUAUGUGAUUGUGCGGUACUCCUAAGGAUAACUGUCCUUUGUUACAGAGUUCUAACGGGUGAACACAGGCUUGAACGCUUUUAAUUAAGGACACUGACAUGCUGACAGACCCAUAAUGGAGCUAAUAAACUACACCCUAACCCUGUCCCUCACUCCCCGGUGAUGGUGGA